CUCAUCACGAUUUACACCGCAAUUCAACUCAAUUCCUCCCUCUACUCUUCUUCUCUCCCUCCUCCAUCCCCUCAAUCCACUCACCAAACCCAAUCCCAGAAAUAUCAUGACCAAGGAGUCCACUCCCCCUCCCACCGUCGAAUCCACCACCACCACCACCCAUCAACCUCCCUCCCUGCCUGCUUCUCCCAUCGCCAAACGCACCAAGCCCAACACCAACGACGCCGAUUCUACUCCUGCCGCCGCCAACAUGACCGUCCCUGCCGCCGCUCAGCGUCUCCCUCCCCUCCUCGUCAAGAAACUCACCGAGUCCGCCCGUGCCCCGACCCGCGGCUCUGCCUUCGCCGCCGGCUACGACCUCUACAGCGCCAAGCAGACUGUCAUCCCGGCCAAGGGCAAGGCGAUGGUUGACACGGGUAUCUCGGUUGCUGUGCCUGAGGGAACCUACGGACGUGUUGCCCCUCGCAGUGGUCUCGCCGCUAAGCAUUUCAUCGAUACCGGCGCGGGUGUCAUCGAUGCCGACUACCGUGGUGAGGUGAAGGUGUUGCUGUUUAACUUCUCGGAGGUCGAUUUCACGAUCAACGAGGGAGACCGUAUUGCGCAGUUGGUGUUGGAGAGGAUCUAUACCCCUGAGGUUAUGGUUGUCGAGGAGCUGGAGGAGAGUGUGCGUGGUGCUGGCGGCUUUGGAAGCACUGGCAACUAGAUGGAGAUAUGGGAGAAAGACAAGAAAAGAGCACGAGGAUAUGAAUGAUUUUAUGGCAUGCUAGAAACUUAUUUUGGGAUGGGUGGCUGGCUAUAUAAAUGAAAAUAAUGAGAUUUUAUUCUGCACAACUAUGCAUGAUUAGACAUGAAAUUCGAC